ACAACAUGAUAGAGUGUAAAGUUGAGAAGGACAACACGGUUUCCUCAACUACAGAUCUGUGGACUCAGCAGCAUAUCAACCACCAGCAUCCAGAACCAGCUCUCUUCCACUUCCUGGGAGAUGCCGCUCCACACUCCUACCCCCUCCCCAUGGACCCUGUCACCAGACUAGGGGUCCCUGGUGGUUACCCGGGUCCAACUGUUUUCCUGUCUCCUGAUCAGAGUUUAGGAGUGCAACAGAAUGAAACGUAUCCUUAUAUUCAAGACAGGGACGAGAAUUGCAGAAGAGUGGUGUCAGUUCCAAACGCUUUCUACGGGGCAGGAGCAACAGAGGCCCCAGUUGAGACCAACUACCGCAAACGACCUUUCUCUUCUUAUAAUAUACAGAUAACAGAGGCAGACAGCAGCACGUACAUUGCAGAGGACCAGCCGUGUAACAAGCGCUACAGCUCGGGGGACAAGUUCCGGUGCAGAUGGAGCGGGUGUGAGCGGCCCUUCAACUCACAGGAGCAGUUCGUCCGCCACAUUGAAAAGGUUCACGUUGAUCAGAAGAAGGGAGACGAGUUCACUUGCUUCUGGGCUAACUGUUGCCGGAGAACAAAGCCCUUUAACGCGAGGUACAAGCUGCUGAUUCAUAUGAGGGUUCACAGCGGAGAAAAACCCAACAAGUGCACUUACAUGGGGUGCCCCAAAGCGUUCAGCCGAUUAGAGAACCUGAAAAUCCACUUGAGGUCCCACACGGGAGAGCGUCCGUAUCUGUGUACUCAACCUGGCUGCUUAAAGAGCUUCAGUAACUCUUCCGACAGAGCAAAACAUCUCCGUACUCAUCAGGAUACGAAACCGUACGCAUGUCAAGUUCCUGGAUGUUUGAAGCGCUACACUGAUCCAUCUUCAUUGAGAAAACAUUCCAAAGCCCAUUCUACGAAAGAGUGCUCUGUAAGCAAGAAAGUAGCGACAGUUGAGAAACGGGAUGAUAGCCAAUGUUGGAUGACAGACAACCAACAACCACUAGUUCCUUUCGAAACGAGACCCUUCAAAACAGAUUCAAGUCCGUUCUACUUUGACACCGGUUAUCCAAACAUGGCAUCACUUGGGGGAAUGUACGAGUCUAGUUACAUGUACAGCUCCCAAUUCAUGAACACAAUGAACCCUCCGUCUUUUGAAAAGAUAACCCAUUUUGACGUUGGAGGGCUGAUAGAUCCUUCAAGAUCGCUAUGUGCUUUACUGGAGGGAGAAGAACCUUACUCAGACCAUGUCAACUCAGUUCAAACUGCAGUUUGAUCUUUAUAACAUAUCGAAACAUUUUGUUUCAACACCACUACCAACUCCAUCUUAGACUUGCAAAAAGUGUAAAUACCAGAAGUUGUGAACAAACAGAAUUGGAUGAACCAACAAGUUGCUAGUGAAGCCUACAAGUGGAAAGAUUGAUGACCUCUGAUCUAACUGUGACCAAACCAAUGAGAGUGUGAGAUCAGAAGACUGAUCUUAAGAUGUAAACCCAGACCUUCAAGCUAUCCGACCUCCAUCUAGACCUCCCGACUCGAGCCCGGACCCCCUGGCUGACAGAUCUUCCCGGAGAAGGACUGUUUCAGUGAGUUGGUCACUUGAAGCGCUGGACCUCCCCUAACGAGACAUACAGCUGCAAGGAGCACCUCUGGAGACCUCCCCAAGGAGCACCUCUGCUGCAGAAGUAUCUGACUGAGUUAGUUGGUAUAAGCUAGGGACCUCCUCAGAUAGUACCAACUGACACUUCUCAAUAGCGUCCAGACCUCCUGGGUUAGAUGUGACGGCCUGGAGGUCACCACCAGCUGUUCUUUCAGUUAAAUAUUUGCUGUUUUGUUUAUCUGACCCCAUUGUUGUCGGGUGGACAAUUUUCCACGUUAUUUGUUUAAUAUUUGUUAUUUGUUGGAAUUAUUUGUGUCUAUUUAAUAAACUUUAAUUAUAUGAUAACUCUAAUUAAUUAAUUUCUUGCAAAUAUA